AGGAUGGGAGGCCGGGGCCGGGGAAGCUCGCGGUACCGGUCAAGCCCGCGGUACCGGUCGCUGUGCGCGGGGUCCGGGACGCGGCGGGCGCUGCCCCGGGGCGGAGGGCGCCGGUUGCUGCGGUAACGGGAUGCGUGGCUCCUCUCUCCUCGCUCGCCUCCCGGGAGCUGCGGGCAACGCUCGCCGCCGGCUCCGCUUUGGUUUCGCUCCCCCUGUUCGCAAUCCCCUGCGGGCUCCGGACCCUUCCCUGCUCCCUCCCCGCCCCCCGGGCGUUUUCCAGGUUGGGGCAGGGCAGGGCAGGAGCCGCUCCCGGCGCGGCGCGGGGCGGGCGGUUUGCUCCCGCCCGGGGUUUUGCAGAGCGGUUCCUCGGUGUCGGGGUGCCGGUCCCCACGUGAACCGCUGCAGGGGCUCGAGGCUGCUUUUCCGGGAGACAGAGCCUUAUGUUAGAGUGGCAGAGGGGCCCCAGGCAGGAGAGGGAAGUUUGUUUCACGGCAGGUUGAGAAUUUCUCCUCUCCCUGCAGGUAGGAGGUUGAUGUGAGUGUGACCCACGGUGUUGGUCCCCUGCAAACUGGACGUGGGAAGAAUCUGUAAACGGACUUGCUGGAGCAAGGGGAGGCUGGGAUCUUGCCAUGGCUGCAAAACCCAAGAGAGAUUUUGGCGGCUCUUUUGAUGCUAUCCUUGAUGACCUCCUGGGAUCUGAUGAUGAAGCCCCUGCUAAACCUGCCAGAGCUUCCCAGCUGGGUGGAAGGGCCCAGAGCACUAGCGUGCAGGCCAGCAAGGAGUCCUUUCUAAAGGAUGAUUUCAUCAGCAAACUCCCUGCAGAGGACACCGGAGCUGCAGAGGGAUCCAGUGCCUCCAACGGGGACAAACAGGCUCUGCUGCAGACCCUGAAGGAUAUGGAGGAGAUGGAAGCCGAUCUCUUGGGAAUAUCGAAACCCAAUUCUGGGCCACGGAAGACAAGUGUGAAAGUUGCUGGGAAGCACGACUCCUUGGGAGGAGCUGGGAAACCACUAGCUCAUGAGAAGGAGACACCCCAGACACCCCUGCACACUGCGACCCCUGUCUGGAGGAGGAGGACGAGGCAGGAGCUCAAGUUUGAAGAUGAUGGUAACAACCUGGUGAAUGCGCUGGGGCUUGACAGUGGCCUGAAAGGAGACGGGCAGCAGGGAAAGAAGGUGGAAGACAGAGAGGAGCUGCAGCCAGCCCGCCACAAGCUGGACGAGUUGCUGGGACGAGGCUCCAUGGCCAAAGUCCUGGAACAGCCAGUCAUGGGAGACCGUAAAGAGUUCGAACUGGAUAAGAAGUACCAAAAGCAGCCAGAGAAGGAAGAGGGUUGUAAGGAGGAGGAUUUUGUCUUUGGAGCUUACCAGCCCUCAGUGGCCUCCACAGUGAAGCACCGGCCGGCAAGGAGGCCAUCUGUAAGCAGGUUUUCAGCCGAGAACAGCAGCGAACCGAAACCAGAGCCAUGCUCCAAACCUCCUCCUGCGAGCAGGAGCCCUGUGCGGUGCAGCAGGACUGGAGGCGACUGGCUGGGUUUGAAAGACAAGGAUUUUCUGGAUUCAGAGCCGCCGUCUCCAGUGAAGGCCAGUCCUGCAGCGAGCUACCCCAGCCCCACCAGCCUGCUCCCAGCUGCAGAGCAAGCAGCAAACAAACCCAGCCCAGUGGAGGAGGAGAGCUGGCUGAUGGCUGCCUUGUCUCGCAAGAAAGCCCAGGCACAGGCAAAGGCCCAGGAGAGAAGUGCCGAGCCCUCGGAGGCCCCAGGCAAAGAGCUGGAUCCACACUCUCCCAUCAGGCAGAUGGCCACCUCCACAGGAGCCCCGCAGCAGGCAGCUGCCUCGCAGGAGAAGGUAGCGACUGCAGACGGCUCUGGGCAGCCAAUCCCCUGGCUCAGCACCCCAAAAGCAGCCCCAGCUCACCCGUCGGAGGCUGCAAACAAGGUUCCCUCCAGAGAUGCCAGCGCCCUCGUCCCCACAGCCUUGAUCAUAGGAGAGCAGGAGACGCAGAGCCUGGCCCCACUCGCUCAGGUGGCCACCCCCUGGACGCAUCUCCAGGCUGUCCCACAGCAGCAGGCAGUGUCCUCAGCCCUGGGCUCGCUACAGGAAAGGCGGCUGGGUUUCCCGCACCCCAAGCUCUAUGAGGAUGCAUCCAGCUGUCAGGCAGCACUGCUCGGCACCCAGGCCCGCAUGGCAGAGCUGGAAAGCCGGGUCCGGACACUGGAGCUGGAGCAGGUGCAGCACAGACUGUUGCUGGAGAGUCUCCAGCAGCGGCACCGGGAGGACCUAGAACUCCUCGAGAGUGCCCACAGGAGCCGGGUGAAGGUGGUGGAGGAGACCUACGGGCAGCGGGAAGAGCGGCUGCGGCAGGAGAAGGAGCAACUGGUGGGUCAGCUGCUAUCGCAGAGCCGGGACGCGGAGCAGGCACGAGCAGAACUAGUGACACAGCACCAGCAACGCCUCGCCACGCUGGAGCAGCAGAGCGCACUGGAGCUGGAGCGGCUGCGGGAACUGCAGAGGGUGUCUGUCCAAGAGAUGCGCAAAGACCAUGAAGAGCAGCUCCAGUGGCUGAAGCAGCUGAAAGACCAGGAGAUUGAUGCAGUGACUAGUGCUGCUUCUCAUGCCAGGUCUCUGAAUGGCGUCAUUGAGCAGAUGGAGAAGUUCUCCAGCCACCUGCACAACCUUUCGCACAAGGUGGAGGCCAUGCACCACAGUACCUCCCAGGAGCUGGCCCUGGGGGCAUGGCAUCGCGACCAGCAGCUCAAGGUGCUCCAGGACCGCCUGUCACAGCAGCAGAGGGACAUGGAGGAGGAGCUGAGCCAGCUGCAGGAGGUGAUUGCCAGAAUGGAGACCAGGCUGAGUGAGCAGACUCGGCUGCUGGAACAGGAGCGAUGGAGGGCAACAGCAGAGCAAUCCAAAGUGGAAUCGCUGCAACACUCGCUGGAAGAGCAGCGUCGAAUCAUGACCCAGCAGCUCUCCAUGGAACGAGCAGAGCUGGAGAGGGCAAAGAGUGCUUUGCUGGAGGAGCAGAAGUCAGUGAUGCAGAAGUGCUUGGAGGAGCGACGGAAGCUGGCCGCUGAGUGGACUGAGUUUCACACCCAGCUGAGCAAGGAGUGGAUGGAGUGUGAAAUGGAGCGCACCUUGCAGAUGCACUCCCAGAGAGAGGGCACCAUCCUGAGCCUGGCCAAGGAGCAGGCAGACCUGAAGAUCUGGAGCCGUGAGCUGAAAGCCAAGGAGGAGCAGCUGGCAAGGGACAGGGAGCUGCUGGAUGAGGCCUGGUGGGAGCUGAGGCUGGAGAAGGAGAAGGUGAACAGGUCUGCACUGCGCAUCCAGCAGCAGGAAGAGAAGAUUAAAAGCAUGACCAACCUCUCAUCCCAGAAGUAUGACGAAGGGGAGCGAGCCUCACGGGAAGCAUGCAGGAUGGAGUCGGAGCAGCAGAGCGGGCUGCAGGUCAUGCAGCAGCACUUGAAGCAGAAGGAACAGCAUCUGCAUGAGGACCGGCUGAGCAUGUCUUACCAGAGGCAACAGCUCCAAAAGCUACGUGAGGAGCUGCCCAGCAACCCCGCGAUGCUGCUUACUGCAGAGCAGGACCUCAGUGCCCGUAUGAAAGGCCUCUCCACACUGUGCUUUCUUCCUCCUCUCGGGACGCUCCCUUGGCAGAGCCUGGGGAGUAGCAGGGAAACCCUGGCUGUGGCUGGCUCCACCGAGCUCUACACCGAACUGCUGCUGCUUAAGUACAGGGCCCAGCAGGACCACCGCUUCCUCGAGGACGAGCAGUUCUUCCUGGAGAGCCUGACGAACGCAUCUCACCGCGCUGCCCCGCGCUCAGGCUGAGCUGGGAGCCAUCAUCCCCUCCCGUCCUCGCUGCGCCCCCGUCGGGGAGGAAAGCAGAGAAUAAAGAAACCCCAAUUCUUGGCUGCGGCUACCUCCUCUUUAAA